AUGUGUUUAGUUAGCGAUUGUGAACAGUGCAUGUCGCUUGUGCCACCGUCGCACCAACUCGAUCAGCUGCGUGCAGUGCGCGUUCUUAUCAACGACGUGAAGUGAAACGUUUCCGACCAGAUAACAUUGUUGUACAUCCUUCGACACCGCGCCGAGCGUAUUGAGCCGCUGUUAACCCAACGAAAACAAUCGAUAUCCUCGCUACAUCUUAAACUGGUGGACAUAAUUGAGUCAAGAUUCUACAGAUAGGACCAGUAGUGCAGACAAGAUGGAAAUUCGAAAAUUUUCAGACCCCCGAAAACAACAACAUCGCUAUACACGUCACUCCACCAGAUGGAGAAGAAGAUGACGAGUUCGUACCGACGCUUCGUAUGCGUCGAAAGCUCAGCACUCCGCUUACCUCGCUAACCAGCGUUUCCGAUGAAUUGCCUGGCUUGAAAAUUUCACCAAGUCGAUCUCUUUCGCCGCUUGACCGCACCAAGCGACGGUUCAGCACAAUGGUGACGAGCGCAGCCGCUGCAGCUGUGACUCGCCGCCUGUCCGCAACUAUAGGAUGGUACCUUGCCAGUCAUACACAGGUCAAACCGCAGAUCGUACGCCAAGGGCGUGCACUUUGCCUGCAAUAUAUUAAAACACAGAUACGAAGAUCAACUACCUGUGUCAAAAAGCAGAUAGUUAUGAAGCGCCUUCAGCGUAUGAUCGAGACUGAGUGUGGAGAAGAGGCUACUUGUAAUAGUGACACUGGGGUACUUUCUGCACUCCGCGCGCUAUGUGCGGCGUUGGAGAGAAAGCGGCCGGAAGCAUUCCGUCAUGUCGCGCGUCAAGCAACCAGGGCUCCUUCAGCUAUGCUGCGCUCAGACACUGCACUUGCAGAACUUGCACUUGCACUCGCAAGACGGGUCACAAGGGAGAACAUCACGUGGUCAAAGAUUGCCGCUGUAUAUUGUAUUUGCGGAGCACUGGCUAGGGAAGCUGCUGAGGCAGCAGAAGGAGAGCCAUCAUUAGAGCUAAUCACAGCACCGGCUGCUGCAAUUGCUGACGUCUUACACGAGGAGCCUGGAUCAUGGAUCGCCUCUCAUGGAGGAUGGAAUGGACUAAUAGAUCGUCUGCGCGCCAGCGAACGUGAUCAUACAUCGGAGAAGAAUUUACGUUUUAUGAUUGGAUUCUUCGUGAUGACCUUCUUGACACUGCUGCUGUUUCGAUGGCUUUUACAUACUAACCCAAGUUAUGGCGACUCAUAGAUAGUCUAAUAUUAUUAGAAUGUCCAAAUUAAAGUUUAUGGGUAUAUUUAUUAGUUAAUUAAACAUUAUCUAAAUAAUUUAAGAACUGCGUAAUGCUUUAAACUAGUACAAUUUUAUGUCAGCUAUUUAAUUUUGUUUACCUUACUUUUUACUUACUACUUUACCUUUUCUCAACCUAUUGAUAUCUUUCUAAGCUGUAACUCCAUAAAAUUCUUAAUUUUCUUCCAUUUCCUGUCUUUAUAAGCAAACAAUUUAUGAAAUAUUUAAUCAGUAUGUUAAUAAAACUUUGACUGCAAUAUUAAAUUUAAGGACUUGUACUAUAAUGUUUGUAUUCGGCACUUUUCACAUUAAAUGAAGUAACUUCGAGCGUAUUUCGCAUUAUUUUAAUCUUGAUGUUUCGGGUUGCCAUUUAGCGAUAAUACCACAAAGUAUGUAUACUAAUAUAUAAAUCUAGAAGUUUUUACGGAUGUUCCGUUAUAACUACUGAACCAUACAUCCGAUUGACUUGAAACUUAGU